GGAAACAGACUCUUUGGUCCAAGUCCUCCAUGCUGACCAGAUAUCCUAAAUUAAUCUAAUCCCAUCUGCCAGCAUUUGGCCCAUAUCCCUCUAAACUCUUCCUAUUCAUAUAUCCAUCCAGAUGCCUUUUAAAUGUAGUAAUUGUACCAAUUUUCACCACUUACUCUGGCAGUUCAUUCCAUAUGCGAACCACGCUCUGUUGAAAAAGUUGGCACUUAGGCCCGUUUUUUAAUCUUUCCCCUCAACUUAAAUCUACACCCUGACAGUUUGUACCAAUUACGCCUGGAAGUUGGAGAGUGAACUAGGCCCCACCGUUGAGGAGGCUUGCAAGGGGCAGUGUUGGCUCUGCCUCCAAAUCACAUGUUUCCAGGUUCAAGUCCCGUUCUGGGGUUUGAACACAAAAGUCAAGUCUGAGACUCCAUUGCUUUCUCAGAUGGCUGUAAGUGGUCAAUGGCACAAUUUCAUAGAAGAACAGGGGAAUUAACCCUGGUGGCCUCUUUAAUACUUAUUCCUCAGUCAACAUCACUAAAAGUUACACUGCUGUUUGUGUCAGUUUGCAAUUGUGAAUUAAAUGUUGCAUAUCCUGUACUAUAAUAGUGGCUAGGUUUUGUACUUCAUUGGCUGUAAAACAAUGUGAGUCAUGCAGAGUUCAUGAAGUCACUCUAUCAAUGCAAUUCUUUACACCUCCAACAAUAUACAUUUAUAAGGUACCUUCAACAUGGUCAAACCUCCUAAGGUGCUCCAUAAGAGAAUUAGCAGACAGAAUUUGCUAUAACCCACCACAAAAAAAGAUGUUUGGACAGGGGACCAAAACGUUUAUUGAAAGAGACAGAUUGUAAGGAAUAUGUUAGAAGGAAUGUGAAACAGAGAGGUCUAGAGAGGAAGGAAGUUCCAGGUCUUAGAGCCUGGACAACUGAAAGCACAGCCAUCUGUCAAGUGUUGAAGAAUAUCAGGGAUACACAAGAGGCCAGAUGUGGAAGAGUACAGAGUUCUCAGACAGUUCUCAAGAUGAAGGCGGAUACAGAGCUUGUACAUGGAUAUAAUCACAAGGAUAGGAAUUUCUAAUCUUAUGGUAUUGCUGGAUUGAGAACUAAUGUAAGUCAGUAAAUGCAUUGGAAAUGACAGAAUGAGAUUUGGUUAGGAAUACAAUAGGGACAGCAAAGUUUUGGAAGAACUGAAGUUUACAGAUGAUGCAAGAUUAGACACCCAAUAGGGCAUUGGAAUUUUGGUUACAAAAAAGCAUAGAGCCAUAGAGGUUUACAGCAUGGAAACAGGCCGUUCAGCCCAACUUGCCCAUGCCGCCAGUUUACACAAUUUAAACUAGCCCCUUUCUUGCGUAAAGGUUGUGUAAAGUAGCACCUCAUAUUCCUCCUCGGGAGCCUACAACCCAAUGGCCUAAAUGUGGAUUUUACCAAUUUCAAAAUCUCCCCACCCCAGCCACAUCCCAUGACCAACCCUCCCUCAUCCCCACCUCCUUGACCUGACACAACCUGUCCAUCUUCUCUCCCACCUAUCCGCUGCUCCCACCUCACUGACCAAUCCCCACCACUGCCUACCUGCACUCACCUAUCACCAUCCCACCGAACUUCCCCAGCCCCAACCCUCCCCUCUCGAUUUAUUUUGGAGCUCCCUUCCCCCCUACCCAUUUCUGAAGAAGGGUCCCAACCCGAAACAUCAACUUUCCUGCUCCUCUGAUGCUGCGUGGUCUGCUGUGUUCCUCCAGCUCCACACUGUGUUUAUCUCUGACUCCAGCAUCGGCAAUUCUUACUAUCUCUAAUAUAGGGCAACACUACUUUAUUGUCAGAAGUGUUUGAAUAUUUUUAAAGCUAAAAAAAUCUUGGUUGAUAUAUAUUCCACACUUGUAUAUUGCAUUAAAGCUCCCGUGUCGCGGAAUAUAUAGGGCAGAUUUCUGAGUAUUUCUCAGUUUGAAAAUGUGGGAGUUCCUCACUGAGUAUUUGCUUUAACAGAAUUCAGAAAAGUUAAAAAAAAUGUUUAUUUUAAUCAAGUUCCCCCUCUUGACUGCAAUUCAAGUUGGUGUUUGAGCUUUUAUGCACCAAUCGGUUAUGGGUGGAGCUAAAUUCAACAUGGAAAAUGUGAUCUUGCAGUAAUUAAUGCCAAAAAUUGGACUAUUGACAAAACCAAUUAACCUGCUAGAAACUAGUGGUAAAUAGCAUUGGGAACAAUUCUACUCACCUAACGUUAUUAUCCACGCAGUAAUAACUUACCACAGUGUUUUAAAUGGUCAUAUUUUGUAAUUUUAAUUUCUGAAGGUGUUCAUUCAUUUCAAAGAUCUCUGGUGGAAUUUUAGGUCCAAUGCCAUCCCUUUCACAUUGCCCUUCGAUUUCUUAUCUUUUUCUACAUUUCCACGUUUUCAAUUUUUUUUAUUUAACAACUAGCCUUCAGACUGUGUAUUAGGCAUGACCAUCCAUCAUUGUGGUGAGAGGGAACAGUACAUUUUGGCCCGUUACUGUACUACAAUUUCUUCCCCUCACUAUUAUUGGCCUGCAUCUAUAUGCUCCCUAUUGUGGGUCAUAUGUAUAAAUCACAGCCUUCUGAUCACUGGCCUGUUAGUACAGUGACUGAUCUGGUUGGUUAAAGGCACACUCAACUGUGAAACAGCAUGACCCAGGAGUUGAAGUUUAAAACAUCAUUCCAGUGAAACGACAUCCAUUCUGAAAGGGGAAAACAUAAAAGAGCUGGUGUUAGCAGGUGUCACCUUUUGAUUCCUAUAUGCCUCCUCUGUCUGGGAUGGACACCGUUAAUAAAAGGUUUUCAGAAAAUUUGAUUUUGCUUUCGUUUUAGUUCGAAGUGAGAAGUAAUUACUGAAGACACAUGAAAUGUGGAGCCGAGACUAGUUGAAGUUAAAUAUAGCAGAUUUGGCAACAGUGAAGAGAUCCUUGCUGUUACUUCAAGACAAAUGAUAGAAGAAAAUAUGAGUAUGAACACGAGGUGUCCAACAUUUGUUCUCUCCCACAUUCCGGAGACAGCCUCUCGUGAUAAACAAAAUCCUGAACUGGGAUGUCGACCAGUGAACCUCUGGGAUGGGCUGUCUGUAGCUCACCUUGAUCUCAGGAGAGCGUCUCUCACUGAUUCCAGAAGCAAUUUAGUGUCAUUGGUCCGGGGAGUCUUGCAGAAGGAGGAGGAGGAUUCAGCGAAUGACGCAGAUGACCCUGAAAUGAAGCCGACCAAGAUCACUGGGGCUAUUCCUUACAUGAGCCGGUCAAUGGCUGUCUUCUGCCUAGUACUGAACAUCAUGCUCCCAGGCACAGCUCCACAUUGUAUUGACUCUGACCCCAGCCCCUGCAGUUCUUGCUAUCGCCAAAUACGUUUGACCACAAAUCCUUCAGGAAGUGGUCAGCAAGUAGCGUCCUCAAGACCCCCAUGGAAACGGAGAGUGUGGAUCCUGUUGAACAGUACCCUGAGCAAACUGUCAAAGCCAUUUGGCAGAAUGCUUCAUCACCAGGACUUUCUAGCCAGCACCGGGACAUGGCUGGUGGUGAGAAAGGCAUUACCUGUGAAAUCCUGUAUGUACGCCUGGUCAGUCUGCACAAUCUCAUGCUGCCCUCGAAGUAGCUGCAGGGGGAUAGAGGCUGUCACACAUCUCCUUCAGAAAUAUCCCUUUGCAAAGGAAAUCUGGAGAAAAAUGCAAUGGUUUUUGUUGAGGUUUGACCCAAGCAGCUCUGUGACACAGGACUCUGUGCCCCAUGAUCUGUUCCCUGGGGUGCACACUGCAACAAACAUCAACUGUGCCUGGAGGACUAUCAACUUAGUAAAAGAUGCUCUUUGGUCUGCCCGAAACUUGUUGGUCUACCAGAGCAAGGAGUUGACCUUGACCGAUUGUUGCAGACUGGCACAUUCCAAGGUGCAGGACUACAUACUGAGGGAUACACUAAAGCUUGGGGCAGCUGCCAUCAAGGCACAGUGGGGAUAGACCGCUGUCUGAAGAUUUCCUGCUGAAAGUAAAUGAGGGUCUGUUCAGUUAUCAAACCUUCCUAGAGCCUCAAAUACAUGUAAAUAUUAGUUUUGUGUAAGAGAGGUCUUUGGUUGUUUUGGG